GUAAUUAUUUUGUUGAAUUAAUAAAAAAUAAUCCGUACUAUCUGUUUUUUCUCGUACAAUUUUAUAAUUGUAUAAUAGCUUGCAAAAUUAUCAGUUUGUCAAUAAGGGAACAAAAACUCGCACAUAUUUAAACAAUAAAGCAAGAGAAGAGAACAUCCGUCUUACAAGAUUAAAACAAUUUAUGCAAGAUGUAAAACGUCGAUUGAAUUAAUUUGCUUAACAAAAAAAAAGGAGAAAAGCAAUCGUUUUUCGACAUCCACCGCGCGCAGCGGCCGAUCAUCCGGCGACUUUUCCCGCGUCUUCGAGUCGUUAGAAUAAUUCUGUCUUGUGCAAUUUUGCGCAGUAAAAAAAAAACGUGUAAUCGAGAUGAGCAAACAUAACCGCGGAUCCUCAUUGCCGUGGUAUUAUCCGCCGAAGCGUCGUCGUCGUUGCGGCCGGGGCGCGCGACGCUUCGCGUUUUUACUAAUCGGGAGAGCCGUCAUUUGCUACUCCAGCGUCUUAAUGAACGUGUUUAGGGGUCAUCAAGGUUGAACAUGGCGGCGUGGUUGACGCGGUGCGCCGGUGGAAGGGGCGCGGCGGUGGUUGCCUAUUGUGUCACCCUAUAUAUAACGGCACCCGACACCCCACGCCGUAUUAAGAACAUUCACCGCAUCCGCGGUAACAUGGUUUCCAGUUCCAACAAGAUGACGCCAUGGCUGAUGGCAUUCUUCUGCCUGGCGACCGCGGGCUGCUCGAACGUCACGGACCAGCAGACGUCGGAAACGCAUCAUGAUCACCAAGUGGCGAUCUUGAAACAGAUCAGAAAGGUGAACGAAGACGGCUCUUACACGUACGGCUAUGAAGCCGGCGAUGGAUCAUUCAAGGUCGAGAGUCGCGAUGUUCUGGGCAACAUUAAAGGCACGUUCGGCUUCGUCGACGCCGACGGCGAGAUAAAGAGAGUCUCGUACUCCUCGUCGAAUGGGACGGGCUUUAAAGCAACCACCAUGUCGCCGUUGCAGGAACACGUGUCCGUCGUGCAAAGUAUACCGCGCGUCAACCGUACGUCAACCACGAAAAGACCGAGCAUCGUGUACGCCACGACAACGGAGUCUUCGACCAGGCCGUCAGUGGUACAGUCAAUUCCUCGAACGAGGAAAACGACUACGACCACCACGACGACCACGAGCACCACUACGGAAGCGCCGAAGACGAUAUUCGGGCACUACUUGAAGGGCACGGCAAAGAGCAGGCCGCGCUUCGUCAUCAACGGGCAACAGAGACCGAUCGUUAUAGAGGAAGACACCGAAGACGAGGACUCGCAAAUCAAUCGACCCAGUGCGGACGACAAAGACGGCGCCUAUCGAAGGAUCAUCUUUGCCAAGAGACCGAUCGAGCAUAGCCUCCCGCCAAUCUCUGAGGAUUUCGUGGAGAAGGAAGACGAGGCUAAGAUCACAACGGGAAACACCUUGAGGAGGCAGUUGCACGACGAGACAACCAAAUCGAAUUCCGGCAUUGCUGAUGAGGGGGACGAUCAUUCCGACGUUUACGGGGGAUCCUUGUCCACGACGCGUCCCUUGUUCACUACGACGGCUCCAUCGCGAGUACUCCAGAGGGUUUCCAGUACUUCACGCACAGAACGGCCAAAGUUCUACGUCAAUCGUCAGGAGAACUUGGGGGCGGGUGGUCGAUUCAACAGCCCGAAAUACGACGAUUCCCGAGUCUACGAGACGGAGACAAAGUCCACGCCUCAGGAAGAGCGCACGACAACCCAGCAGAUCCUGCUUCGCAGUUCUACGGCCAGGGUACCGACCGAGUCUACGUCGACCCGGGACUACGUCAGACAGAGCACCGAGCCUGUCUUCGUGAGACAGCAACCCGAGCAGUAUCUGCGGGAACUGCCGCCUAGGAUACUCGUCCCGUCCCAACAGGGCAAUCUCGAGGAUGACGGAAGCGUUUACAGAGCGAUACCGAUCGGUAGACUCUUAUUACGACCUCCGUCGAAUCAUCAGCCGGUCUACUCGUCAUCCACGACGGAUGCCAAUGUUCAUUAUCUGACGGAGAAUCCUCUACCCGAUCCCGAGGAUGAGGCGCGAAUCGCGAUGAACUAUAUGCGUCCGCGUCCCGUGCGGCCGCUAAUCUAUCCGGACCCCGAGCAGAGAGCACGGCCGAUCCUGCGACCAAUUCCGAGUCCAGUAGCUCCUGACGACAGAGAAUACCAAGCGACCACGCCCGAGUAUCCAGGUUACCGGACUGGCGCCCUGCCGCUGCCUCCGGAACCGCCAAACCCGAUCGCGCCGCCUCUCAGCCGACGAGACUUUCAGAUGUUGCUGAGGAGGCUGCUGGUGAGCCAAUACGGCGUGCAAGCCCUGUCAUACCCAAAGAGCUUCCUCGAGGACGCUCUGUACGACCAGCAGCCGUAUCCUUCGUACCCAGCGGGCUAUCAGGCGCCGCUUCCAAGACCCGAAAUCGCAUCGCAAAUCGCAUAUGAUCAACAGGCGCAGUACGGUGACCGAGUGGCCCUGAGACGUCCGGUGUAUCCCCGGGCUCUGAGCCCGCUCUAUCAUCCUCAGUACGACGAUUACCACGACAGAUAUCCCAAGAGAGUGUACAGGCAGAAGUUCUACACGCAGGACGUAGCCGACGACGGGGACGAGAUUUUACCAGCACAUAUCAGGGAAGCUUUGUUGCUGCGAAUGGUCAACCUAGUGAUCAACACUGACCGAUCGACGAUGGUCCCGACAACCGUGAUGGCCACCACGACGCCCGCAUCGAGAUACAGAAAAACAGGCCCAGUCAGGAGCGUGCAGAUUAUUACGGAUGACGAGGAGGAGGAAAAGGACAUGAGGAAAAAGAUGUAACACAGCGACGAGUGAAUUAGAAAUAGUUAGGAAUUACGAAGAAGUAUUACUCGUUGCAGGUAUAAAGUACGAGUUAAAUUAUUGUAGAAUAUUGACUAAUUGUUAAGGAUUUCUUUUUUUACCAAGAGAGGAGUUCGACGGAAGUUAACGAAUUUGCUUUCGGCAGUAUAUCUUUAGAUACGUUCAUUUCUAUCAUUACUAAUUAUCCUGGAACGUAAUCGAAUUCUCACGACGAUAUAUUUAGGCAUGACGAAGCGGGGCUUACGUCAACGGUAACCUUUUUUUUUUUUGUAGUGGACGAACGGAUACGUCCAUCGACGUGCAAGGACCAAUGUCUUACACGCAACAUACGCAUUCGUGUCGUUAAUGAAUCGAGACGAUUUCGCGAAAGGGAAAUCGUUGGUGCGCAGCCCGACCGAUUUUCCGCACGAUAGCUCCCCGACAUCUGUUGACGCCCAUAUUUAUGUGCAUUAGAGUAGGUGCAUCAGUGUACGAUCGACGAAAAAAUAUCAUUGGAUAAUUAAAUUUCUUUCCUAACUGUAAGAUACGAUAUUCUCAUGCAGGUUUUAUCUGUCAGGUAUCGCAUGAAAUUUUUCUCACGCUGCUGGGAUUUGCGUCAAAAUCAUGUCGUUUUAAAUUAACAAUGAGGGAAGAGUGUUGAAAUAAUAAAGUCACCAGGGAAAAUGGCAUUCCAUAAACGACAGCUUUAACUUACAAUGCUAAUAAUAUUAUAACAAAGCAGUUUUGGAAAAUAAGCCUAUUUGUAAUACAUCAAUAUAGUUUAAUUUAAACUUAAUUUAUAACUUUCUAUUUUUUCCAAUUCUAAGAAUUAAAAAAAGACGAAGUUAAACUAAGUUUAAAGUUAAAUUAUAUUGGAUAUACGAAGCAAAAAGCCCACUAAACACAAAAUCAUUACUAUACUUAGUAUAAUAUACUAUGUUGUCAACAAGUCAAUAACACGUAAUGUUUUCGUUUAAUAUGUAUACAACAAUAUAAACAAAUUCUGGUCCUAACUUGGAGAUAAUGUUGUUAAAAUUUCAACAAUGUUUCGAAAAAAAUUAUCAUUAAAUGAUUUUCCUAAAAUGUUUAUACAAUAUUAUUUUAAAAUGUCUUAAUCUCUUGGAAGCAAAAAAAAAACAUUAAGACCUUCGUUGGUCAGCGUUUAAUCAUCGAUGCAUCGAUCUAUCCUGAGCGAAUUGAUCGAAAGAAAUCUAUCAUACAAGAUAAUCCUCCAUUUAAAAACGCGACGGACAGCACGGACCAGCAAGAGCUCUAUAGACCCUAAGGCAUCUCUAGCGUACUCCCUGCUUACGACUGUAAAUACGGCGUUACGUAAGAGAGACUAGUGUGAUAUAUAUACGCAUCGAAAUAAAGAAAGAGUCGGACGGUAGACGCCAAGGCGUUGUGUUGUGAGAACUCAUUUCAUAAGUCCCUGAGAGUCGGCGUUACCGGGAAAGAAUAGUAGUAACGCGUCUACACUGCCGGUAAUUAGCGUCGCGCGUUGCGACAUUCCGCGCCCGGUCGGGUCUCUCUACGCGCGAAUAUGUGGCCGCGAGGGCGUAGAGAUUAUGCGAUCUCGCGGCGCGAUUUCCACGCAUUCGGGAGAGCCCGCUCCGUUGUCUGCGAACGAAUUUCUUUUGUCGCGGAAAAAAAAAGCGUUACGCGCGCGCGACACACGACGCAAAAUGUCUCACGCGUAUGUACCCGAACGCGAGAGGAACGUGAGAAGCGGAACAAUCGCGAACGAUGAACGUUCGAUUUGCACAAGUGGCGACACAGCAAAAGGCGAAUCAAUUGAAUGUUAAACAAACAAAAAAAAGUAUCAAUGGGAACGAACUCAUUAGUCCUCGUGUGCAAAUCAUUAAUUCAUCAGACGGAGUAAAUUACUGUUUGAAAAGUAAAUUAAAAUUUAAUUACUUUAAUUCGCUUUAUCUGACAAGAUUAAUUGCAGUAAUUUGAUGCUUCGAUAGCCAUGGCUGGUUAUCGCUGAUUAAUUGAUUCGAGUAAUCAAAGUAACAAACGGGCACUACAAAGAAGAAUAUUAAACAAAUCUAUUUUAAAAUUCUCGGAGUUUUGUUUGUACAAAAUGUAUCAGUGCCAGUUACUGAUAUGCGAAAUAAAGCACAUAGUAAUCGCAAUGCCAAUAUUGACUCAACGCCCUGCUCGAGAAUGUCGGUCGAACGAGUUCCGGCGUGAAAAAGUAACGUGCGAAAUGUUUCAAUUCACGGCGAACGGCAGGCUAUUUUCCGCGGUUGUCUAAAGAGUGCCCUGAAUUUUCCAUGCGCACCGGAUAUGCACGCGUGCAUUUGAAAGGCCGUCGUUAGGACGCGGAGACACUUGCCGCAGCGCGGACAGCGAUCUUGCACAUGUCUUCCGGUAUACACUGAAUAAAAAAUUAUGUAAAUUUAUGUAAAUAAUAUUUGUACAACUAC